CCGCCUGCUGCAGUUCCCUAGAGACCUGGGUUCGACUCUCGGCCAAAGCACACAUCAUUCUGCUUUUUGUCAAUGGGAUUUCCUUUUCGCUAUCGGUUUGCUCUUCAACCUUUGGUGUGGAAGAGUAGUUGGCUGUAUCCCGUCUUUCGCUCAUCCACACCCAGGUUGAGAUAGACGCUCGAGCCCAACAUGGCGGGUGCAAACCAAGCUAUCGUUCAGCGCCGCCUAGUCGUACUGGGUAUAGGUAUCCUCUUUCUUAUUCUUGGUCGCAAGAUAUACACUCGCCCUCGUCUCCUCGCUUUCGCUCUCCUACUCUUCAACAUUCGCUCCUUGCCCUUUGCACACCAUCUCCGCCUCUCCAAGCAUAUCGUUCAAGCCGGUCUCCGUCGUCGAUGGAGACCUGCAGCCACUAUCUGGGCACCGCAAUAUUUGACUUACCGUGUCUGGCCUGACGAUAUGGACUGGAACUUGCACAUGAAUAAUAGCACUUAUAACAAGCAUUUAGAUUAUGCGCGAACAGAUUGGGCCAUUGCAAUUUUGGGAUUGGAUUUCAAUAGAAAAGUCAUGAUCAUGGUAGGGGGCGUUCAGUCGUUCUUUAUGCGGGAAUUGGGGCCAUUACAGAAGUAUGCUAUUGAGUCUACAUUACUGGGCUAUGAUGAGAAAUGGAUAUACGUUCAACAUCGCUUCAUUAGCACCACGCCUCACAAGCCAUCAACCGUACACUGCAUUGCCAUAUCCAAAUUGGUUCUGAAGGAACCCAACGGCAAGACCCUCCCUUUCGGGCAAGCCCUCCACAUAAUCGGCUGUGCAGAGGCGAUGUCGCCCCACAACGAAGAAAGAAGACUGAGGGGGAUGGCAAUAAUGAGAGGCUUUGUUGAUGGUGAACAGAUGCUGUUGUUAGAAGGACGUUUGUGACCCGAUGGUAGUAUAGAAGGUCAGUAUAGAAUGUCUAUGAGGGCAUUGGCUGGCUAUUAGGAGAAUAGAGAACGUAUUUAGAUCCGAUAGGUAGAAUCUGGACGAUAUGGCUUCUGGUGGACUCGACAUGGAAGAUUCAUCUUUAACACAAGGCCUCACUAAUAUCGAGGUAGAUAUUUGACGACAGAUACAUGUAACUAAUGCCAAAAUAACCCCAUAUCCACUGUAAGUCGCUAAUGAACGCUCAAAUCUCUAUUUUCUCAGAUUUCUGAAUCAAUGACGUGUUCUCUCCAUAUGGAUCUU